AAAGCAGCAAGCACUGCGCCUUUAAUCAGCUCUCCUCCUCGUCUCACCCGCCGUGUUGCUCUCUCGUCUCUUCCCCAUUUCGCUGCUUUGUUUUCAUUGUCGCUCCUUUUUUGUAUUUGGAUCAUGGCUGCUCAUUCUACCGACGAACCGUUCCCUUUCCACGGGCUUCUCCCCAAGAAAGAAACCGGCGCUGCCUCUUACCUCACCAGGUUCCCCGACUAUGACGGGCGAGGGGUGCUCAUCGCUGUCCUCGACACCGGCGUGGACCCCGGGGCCCCCGGCAUGCAGGUCACCACUGAGGGGAAACCAAAGAUCGUGGACAUCAUUGAUACAACAGGCAGUGGUGACGUGAACAUGACCACAGCAGUGGAGCCUAAAGAUGGGACAAUCACUGGCCUCUCUGGAAGAACGCUCAAGAUCCCUCCCACCUGGGUCAACCCAUCAGGGAAGUUUCGCAUCGGAGUUAAAAAUGGCUACGAGUUCUUCCCCAAGGCUCUUAAGGAAAGGAUGCAGAAAGAGCGAAAAGAAAAGAUGUGGGACUCAGCACACAGAGCAGCCCUCGCUGAGGUCUGUCGCAAAACAGAGGAGUUUGACCUCGCUCAUCCCACGCCUUCUCAGAUGGAAAAGCUGCAAAAGGAAGACCUGCAGUGUCAGUCAGAGCUGCUGGGAUCUCUAGAGAAGAAGUACAGUGAUCCCGGGCCAGUGUAUGACUGUGUGCUUUGGCACGAUGGCGUCACGUGGAAGGCGGUAGUGGACACAUCGGAGUGUGGAGAACUGUCCCAGUGCACCGUUCUGGGCUCAUACAGAGAGAAACAAGAAUAUGCCACUUUAGGAAAUGCUGAGAUGCUUAACUAUUCUGUUAACAUAUAUGACGAAGGAAACACACUCUGCAUCGUUACUAGUGGAGGGGCUCAUGGGACCCAUGUGGCGAGCAUUGCGGCAGGUUACUUCCCAGAGGAACCGGAAAGAAACGGCGUGGCUCCUGGUGCCCAAAUUCUGGCUCUGAAGAUCGGAGACACUCGACUCAGCACCAUGGAAACUGGCACCGGACUCAUCCGAGCGAUGAUUGAAGUAAUCAACUACAAGUGUGACCUGGUUAACUAUAGCUACGGGGAAGCCACCCACUGGCCUAAUUCAGGGAGGAUUUGUGAAGUGAUCACAGAGGCUGUGCAGAAGCACAACGUGAUUUUUGUGUCAAGUGCAGGAAAUAACGGCCCCUGCCUUUCUACGGUCGGCUGCCCAGGAGGAACCACCAGCAGCGUUAUCGGAGUUGGCGCGUACGUGACUCCAGACAUGAUGGUGGCCGAGUACUCCCUGAGAGAGAAGCUGCCCCCCAACCAGUACACAUGGUCAUCCAGGGGUCCCAGUACCGACGGAGCCCUCGGGGUCAGCAUCAGCGCUCCAGGCGGGGCCAUCGCAUCCGUACCCAACUGGACGCUCCGUGGCACCCAGCUGAUGAACGGCACGUCGAUGUCCUCGCCAAACGCCUGCGGAGGCAUCGCGCUCAUUCUGUCAGGCCUGAAGCAGAGCGGGAUCCCUCCCUCUGUUCCUGCUGUGAGGAGAGCGCUGGAAAACACGGCUCAGAAGGUCGAUGACAUUGAAGUGUUUGCACAGGGUCAUGGAAUAAUCCAGGUGGACAAGGCUUUAGACUACCUCACUCAGCACGCCUCAUUACCCACAAGCCGCCUGGGCUUCUCAGUCAGCGUGGGUUCACAGAGAGGCAUCUACCUCAGGGAACCAGUCCAAGUUCUCGCACCUUCUGAUCACGGGGUUGGAAUUGAACCCAUCUUCCCAGAGAACACAGAAAACUCCGAGCGAAUUUCCUUGCAGCUACACCUGGCGCUAACAUGUGCCGUCCCAUGGGUCCAGUGCCCCUCCCAUCUGGAGCUGAUGAACCAAUGUCGACACAUCAACGUCCGGAUCGAUCCCGUAGGACUGAGAGAGGGAGUCCACUAUACCGAGGUUUGUGGUUAUGAUACAGCAGCCCCCACCUGUGGCCCACUAUUCAGAGUUCCUAUCACAGUUAUCAUCCCUGCCAAGGUGACUGAUAGUCGUAAUCAAGAGGUGCGAUUCUCAGACGUCCACUUCAGACCCGGACAGAUCAGACGUCACUUCGUCACUGUUCCUCAGGGAGCCUCCUGGGCAGAGAUCACUCUAACCUCCCAUUCUGGAGACGUGUCCUCGAAGUUCGUUCUUCAUGCGGUUCACCUGGUCAAGCAAAAAGCCUACAGAGCCAAUGAGUUCUACAAGUUCUCCUCACUGCUAGAAAGAGGUUCGCUAACAGAGGCUUUUGCAGUGCUGUCAGGUCGGGUUGUGGAGUUUUGUAUAGCCCGUUGGUGGGCGAGCCUGGGCGAUGUGACGGUGGACUACAGCAUCUCCUUCCACGGCCUCAGCACUUCUCCUUCUCCUCUACACAUUCACGCCUCAGAGGGAGUGACGAGUUUUGACGUGUCAUCACCCAUGAGAUAUGAGGAGGUAUCCCCCACUGUCACCCUGAAGUCAUGGGUUCAGCCUCUGCGGCCUCUAAGUUCAAAGAUUAAAGCGUUGGGAGUUCGGGACAUUCUGCCUAAUAACAGGCAGCUCUAUGAAAUUAUCCUCACCUACAGCUUUCACCAGCCUAAGAGUGGAGAGGUUACGCCCAGCUGCCCGACGCUCUGCGAGCUUCUCUACGAGUCUGAGUUUGACAGUCAGCUCUGGAUGCUGUUUGACCAGAACAAGAGACUGCUGGGCUCAGGGGAUGCCUACCCACACCAGUAUUCCCUGAAGCUAGAAAAGGGGGAUUACACGGUCCGUCUGCAGGUCCGACACGAGCAGUCCAGUGAGCUGGAGCGCCUGAAGGAUUUGCCGUUUGUGGUUUCUCAUCGUCUUUCCAACACUCUCAGUCUGGAUGUGUAUGAGUCACACCGCGCCGCCCUCAUGGCAAAGAAGAAGGCCAACUCAGUUACUUUGUGUCCAGGGGCUACACAGCCUUUCUAUGUCACCACCCUGCCAGACGACAAGAUCCCUAAAGGCACGAGUCCAGGAUGUUACCUAUCAGGCUCCCUCAUUGUGCCCAAGAGCGAGUAUGGCAAGAAAGCAGGGCAGGCCUCUGCAAAACGACAAGGAAAAUUUAAAAAGGACAUAGUUCCAGUCAUCUACCAUCUAAUCCCUGCCCCAAACAAAUCAAAGAACGGUGGGAAGGAGAAGGACAAGGAUGGAGACAAAGAGAAGGAUUUGAAGGAAGAGUUUGCAGAAGCUGUGAGGGAUCUAAAGAUUCAGUGGAUGACAAAGUUGGACUCGAGUUCCAUCUAUGAUGAACUGAGGGAAAACUACUUGGAUUACCUUCCACUUCAUGUGCAAAGACUCCAUCAGCUGGACUCAGAGAAGGAACGAGUGAAGCGCCUCAGAGAGGUUGUGUCUGCAGCAGAGAUCGUCAUGUCCCACAUCGACCAAACGGCACUGGCUGUGUAUUUCACCAUGAAGACAGACCCUCGGUCGGACGCCGCCUCCAUCAAAACUGACAUGGAGAAGCAGAAGUCGUCUCUUCUGGACGCCCUGUGUAGAAAAGGCUGCGCUUUGGCCGACCAGCUCCUGCUGCCGUCCACGCUGCAGAGCGGCGCCGGGGCUGUUGCUACAGAGCAAGCUGCGGCAGGAGAGGAGGAGGUCGAGGAGCAGUUGGCUAGCAGCUCUGACGACCCCCUGGACAACACUUCAAAUGCCCUGAUGGACACAUUCUGGGAGGUGCAGAAGUGGGCGGAGCUAACUGACUCAAAGGUUUUGACGUUUUCAUACAAACACGCCCUGGCAAACAAGAUGUACAGCAGAGCCCUAAAAUACGCCUCCAAAAUGGUUGAGGAGAAGCCCAGCAAGGAGAACAUGAAGAACUGCAUCCAGCUCAUGCGUCACCUUGGCUGGACGCACUGCACUGCCUUCAGUGAGAACUGGCUCCCCGUCAUGUACCCCGCAGAUUAUUCACCGUUCUAAGCACAAACAGGCACAUGCAUGGGACGGCAUGACCUCCAACAGUCUGUAACAGGACGAAUUUGAUGACAUGUCCCUCAGGGUCAUAUGGUCUAUGCAUCUGACCAACCAGCUGCCUCUGGAGACUUUUUCUUUUUAAGACAUCAAACUAGGAGCUGACCCAGAGCGUCAAUAUUUUCAUGCAUGCCAAAUUUUGUGAGGCGAUGGGUUGUAAAACCAGUCGAGUCAGAAAUUUUGAAUCCCUACCAACAGAAAAAUAUGGAGUACUAUAAUCUGUCCGAUGUUUUGCUUUUUCUUUGUCAACUACAAAUUCAGAGGCUUAAAUAUCCCUUCCUCCCCAGCGUUCCUAACUCAUUGCAUUAAAAACCUCUCUUCAUGUGUAAAUACUGUAAAAACUGGCAUUGUGGACUCCAGGGAUGCAUCGGAAAUCAGAACAGAAAACUGUAAAAAUCCGUUAAAUUACUUCAAUAAGAGGAGAGACAGACUUGCUGCUGCAGAAACUCUCCUCCUGAUGAUCCCAAAUGAAAAGCAGGGAUUGGACUGAUCACAAGCCCUUUUUUUUUUUUUUUUUUUUUUUUUGAAUAGCUCCAGCCAUCCUGGGUUGACAAGUCAGUCCUGUCUGUCUUUGAACACAAAAAAUGUCGCGGUGCCUUUCAACCUAUCUUACCUUUCAAGAUGGAGCUAAACUAACGGUGGCAGAGAUUUGUGCAGGAGAAGCUGCAGAGAUUGUAGCAUCCGUCCACCCUCGCAGUCCUUUCACUCAUCAGCUUCUUUGAGUCCAGCCGCAUGAUUCAUCCCAGCACCGUGUGCAGGCUUGGCUCUUCCUGAGCGCCACAUUUAGCCUCCAUUUUUACCAGACCUCACUCUCAGAAUGAUGCAGUUUUUGGACAGCAGUGGGAUGUUCGGAACAGGUUACACAAUCAAAUUUCCACUCAGUAUUGUUCAGCUUUCUUGGCAGCGUUCAGAAUGCUGCAUAUGUACACAGUGUCAUAAAGUAAUGUAAAUACACUCGUACCAUGAAAAUAUAAAGAUGCAAUAGGGAUAUAACAGAAUUUAUCUUAAUCGAUGUAUUUUGCAUAUAUGCAUGUCUUCUAAUGUGUAUGAAAAGUUAGUUUUGAUGAGGAAUCAGAUUUUAGUUUCUUUCAACUUGACACAUUUUUUUUUUCCCUCUCCCCGUGAAUUAUGCUUUGGAGAAACGUCAAUGGUUGAUGGGUGGGUGUGUGUGUGAAUUUAUGUUGUCUACAAGUACAUUUCUCCCUGCAUAAGUGAGACAGCAUUCUUCUUAAUGGGACCCUAGCUGUUCAAAAGGACCACACCAGUAGUUUCAGCCUAUUUUGAAUAAUUGUUUCACAUAAUAUACUUAACAUUAGAAAUACUCAUUUUUGACAAUUGUGACUUGAGAGUUUUGAUGCUUUCAAUUUCGGAUUUGAUUCAAUUGCCUUCAAAGCUUCAAAAUACAGUUGCACUUUCCUUCAUACAUUGAAAGAGAUAUUGAAAGCCUAAAAUGUAUAAAAUAUUUACUCUUUGACCCUUAAUAGUUACAAGAAAUUAUUUUAAAACCAGAUAAUCUACAGAUAUUUUUGAUUUGUCUGAACUUAAUACUGGUUUGGUCCUUCUGGAAAUGUCUCACCUGAAGUUACAGAUGAGGGCUAUGUGAUUAAAUUUAAUUUUCAUGUUAAUGAUCCUCUUUGCUUUAUAGUCCUAAAAGCAGAAGUGUUAUCUUUUGCCCCUUUUCUUUGUGUAACCAAAGAAAACUUUUCUUGUUAAGCUGGAUUCAAUAUCAAUAUGUUAAAGGAAAGAAUCAAAUAUUUAUUAGAUGGAGGAGAAUUAUUUCACUUUUUUUUUUUUUUUAAACUAGUAGUAUAAAUAAAGGCUUUGGUUUUAUCUUUCAUUGUUUUUAGCACACUGGCUGGAAAGUUGAUGCCUAAGAAUGUAAAGUAUCUGCUUUUAGGGCCUCUUGUCUUCUGGAGUCUGAUGGUGAAUCAGUGGUGCGAGAUUCUUGCGUUUCUGUUUAGCUUGAAACAGUUUCACUUUCUGCAUUAUUCGCAGCAUAGACCACUUCUAGCUCUUGGAAGGAAUCCUUUGCGAGAGUUAGCCUCUUUAUUAAUAUCCCUUUUCAUUGAGUUUCCUGUUUGAACAUAUGCUGUGCACAACAGUAUGCGUUGCCAAUUACAGUCUCUCCAAAAAUGGCCUUAUGUUUUCACCACAAGACUUCACCUUCGACCUCUGACACCAAACAUAUCUAUUGCAGUUGCUCCUCUGGUGUUCAUAAGAACUUCACGAAUGCUUGCUAUGGAUGCUGUGGAUGUUGUUUAUAUUUAUAGCCAUAAAAAUCUAUCAAAUGCUAUUUCAUCACAGAAUGUUAUGAGUUAAAGCUGUAUUCUCUAUAUCAUUUUAUAUCCUUUCUGGAUCAUGUGGGAAAGACCUGAGCCACUGUUAAACUAUUUUGUGCUCACAAGAAAAGUCACAAACAAGAAGGUUCACUGAAUAAAAAUAUUUAAAACGGG